AUGCCUGGCCAAUAUCUCGAAGUCCCUCCGAAGCAGGACGGGAUUGGUCGUCAGCGAUCGCUCGUGGUUGCAAAGCCACACCUGCAAGAAAUCCCAAGUCGAUGCAUUGGGGCAAACCAGCUAAAUUCGCUCCUGAUGGAGGUAUUCCCUGAGGGCGGAUACGACGUUGACAUCGACCAAAACGUUUACAAAAUCAGGGCUCCACGAGAAAUAUCCCCGUUUAGAUCCAAGUGGAAAUGUUCAGAUCCGGUCGCCGACUAUCAGCCAAUGGGCCAUACGUUUGAGCGCAAGUAG